AUGUCGUCUUGGUACUUUUGUAGCAAUGAAAUUGUUAAUAGCCCAUCAAGGAGUGAUGGUAUCGAAAUAACUGCUGAAUGUCGCUACAGACGUGAAGGUGCCCGAUUCAUCAUGGAUGUUGGCAACAGGAUGAACUUGCGAUACGAAACAGUAGCUACUGGAAUCGUAUUUUAUCAUCGAUUUUAUAUGAUGCAUUCUUUCAAGACAAUCAAUAGAUUAAUUGGCGCUGCGGCAUGCCUAUAUUUAGCAGGUAAAGCGGAGGAAACUCCUAAGAAAUGCAGGGACUUAGUCAAAGCUGUACGGACUAUAUUAUCUGAACGCCAAAUGGAAGCAUUUGGUGAUGAUCCAAAGGAGGAGAUUAUCAGCCAUGAAAGAUUACUUUUACAAACCAUUAAAUUUGACUUAUGUGUUCAACACCCCUAUAAAUAUAUUGUUAAAUUUGCCAAAAAUUUAAAAGAUGAUCGAGCACAAAUUGAAAAGGUAGUCCAAAUGGCAUGGAAUUUUGUAAAUGACAGUCUCAGUACCACGUUAUGCUUGCAAUGGAAACCUCAGGUAGUUGCGGUGUCGUUGUUACAUUUAGCAGCAAAAUUAUCCAAAUAUAACCUUAGUGCCGCCCCGGACGGCCCACAUUACGAUCAUUCAAAAUCGUGGUGGCAACAUUUUCUACCAGAAAUUAACAGUGACGUUUUGGAAGAUAUCUGUCUGCAAAUGCUGGAUUUUUACGAUAAAACCGACGUCGGUGCAUCCAACUAUAAUAUGAUUUCUCCUCCUAAAAUAACAAUGAAGGUACCUCAAUCCAUUCCGUACAGAACUUUAUAA